CCCGUGCUUCCAUGCAUCCACACAUAAGCCAUUUACUCUCUCUGUCUCUCUCUCUCUCGCCUCACUCACUCCCAUUAUAUAAUCAGAAGCUUCUCAGAGGAGUGAAGUGAUGAUCUGGGGGAGUUCUUUUCUGGAGUGAUCUGGUCUUUGGUUCUUGCAUGCGCGAUCUUGAUCCGUUGCAGGGUCGGCUUGCCGUGUGAUUUUGAUAAAGUGGAGUCAUCUACAACAAAAUGGCGUUCACUUCCCUGCAAGUCUGCAUGGAUUCGUCCGACUGGCUACAGGGCACGCUUCACGACGAAUCGGGAAUGGACACAUCCUCGCCUAAUUCGGGCGACAUGCUCGCGUGCUCGAGGCCCUUGAUGGAGAGGAGGCUCAGGCCACAGCACGACCAGCCCUUGAAGUGCCCGAGGUGCGAGUCCACUCACACCAAGUUCUGCUACUACAACAACUACAGCCUCUCGCAGCCCCGGUACUUCUGCAAGACCUGCCGCCGCUACUGGACCAAAGGCGGCACACUCCGUAACAUCCCCGUCGGAGGCGGCUGCCGAAAGAACAAGAAAGCUUCUAAUUCUGGCGGUAAUAGCAACAAUAGUGCCAACAGCAAGAAAUUGGCCAACAAUGAUCAUCAAGGAUUUGGGGUCCCUAGCCACCCUGGGCAGUCGUCGGCGUCCUCGUCUCGAGGCGACCACUCGACCGACCUCCACCUCUCGUUCUCGCCCGAGGUGCAGCUCUCGCACCUCCACGGCUUGCUCGGCGUCCAUGGGACCGCCUUCGCAAGCCCGGGCAACAAUUUCUCGGGGCUCGAGAACCCGAGGCCCAUCGAUUUCUUGGAGAGCAAGGUAAUGAGUUAUGACAGCAAUUUCAUGCUGAGUGGAGAUAGCCCUCAUCCCCACCUGGGCGUGGUUGGAGAUCUCGGCUCAACUGGGUUGGCCCCGAGCUUCCACGGCCUCUGUGGCCCGUUUGGGAUGGCCAUCGAUGGUGGUAAUAGUGGCAAUACUAAUAGCUUCAUGGAGAAUUGCCAGAGAUUGAACAUGCUCGUCCCAUACGAUCAGGGCCAUGACCAGGAGCACAUCAAUGCGAUGGAUGUGAAGCCGAACCCGAAGCUUUUGUCGCUGGAGUGGCAAGAUCAAGGUUGCUCCGACGCGAGCAAGAACGGGUAUGGCUACUUCAACGGUUUAGGACCGUCUUGGACCGGGAUGAUGAGCGACUACAACGCCUCUGCGACCAACCCAUUAGUCUAAAAAUCAAGCUGAUGCAUAGUAAUAGGAUUGCUGUUUCCAGAUCGGUUAUUCCAAUUGACUUUGGCAUUGACGACACAAGAGUGUGAAACUGAGAAGCCCGAGAGUUCAACAAUGGCUGCCUCUUUGAGCAUCAUCGCUAUUGCUGAUUAUCGUAAUUUUCCAUUUUCCUUUUUUGGGUCGAGUUUCUUUUUUUGGUCGUCUUUGUUGUCAUCUGAUGUGGGUCGGUCUAGUGUGAAAGAUCUGAAUUCAAAGUCGUAGGAUUUUGUGGCAACUCCGAGGAAGAUAUGUCAGUACUCUUUUUUUUGUUCUAGUGCUUAAAAUGUGUUAGGAAUUGAUGUAUCCCUAUUUUAAGAGGUGCCAUCUGUCUUUUUGCUUAUGCUGAAUGGUAUGAUUAUUGUUAUGCUUUUUUGCUCUUA